AUGUCCUCUACGACCACCUGCACAACCGCCUUGCCCCCCGAAGAGCCCUCGUCUCACCGUUCCUCACCGUGGAUCGACAGAGCCGCGCGCCGGUCUAACUACAUCCAUGACCCGCGGGAAUACAACUGGCGCGAAGGGUUAGAGGGCGGGGUUGUGUACCUCAACCUGGAUCACGACACGGUCACCAUGAUGGAGUGGCUGGAGCUGCCUUUGAUCCGUCACGAGGUGAUCUGGGAUACCGGCAUCGCGAGGGGCCCGUCGUGGAUCGUCACGGAGAGGCUGUGGCAGCACGCGCGGGUGCGCAAAGCCGUCGGCAUCGUUCUGGGCGCGCCCGUGCCCGACUUUGAUACCCUGAUCUCGUGCCUGGAGACCUUCCCUCGUGUCGUGUCAUAUCACGUUCUAUGGCAGGAUGUCUGGCGGGAACCACAAGGGAUGGCUAUGUUAUUCAACAGCCUCGCCCAUCAUUCUCUGGACGUCAUUCGCCGGCCGUUUGUGCAGAGAAUGAAUAUCAAGCUUGUGCCUGAUGAUGGAAACGAUCAAGAGGGGUUGUCUAAUGGCCAAGUCCGGCUUGUGCGUAUGGAUGGACACGACCAGGAGGAGAUGCCUACUAGCAAGUCGACACCCUGA